AUGACGAGUUAUCGGCCUGCCGUUGACACUGUGGUAUUAGUUGAGCUUCGUCCACUAGAUGGCAGCUCUUGUCAUGCAACACAGCGUAUUGAGAAGCUGCUUUUAGAAAGUGAUGAUAAUUUCAGUGACAGUUCUGAAAGUUUUCAAGAUACAGAUGUUGAGGCUAGUGAAAGUGACUUUGAUUCAGAACCAUGUGACAACGAGACACUACUGCAGCAGAUGGUACCUAGUGAAUUUGUGCGUGCUAGUUCAGUUCGUAUUCAAUAUUUAUUCAGUGGUGAUAGCGGUACAGUUGUGCCUCUAAAACAAAAUGAUGUGAUGAGUUGUUUUAUGUGUUUUGUGGAUGAUGCUUUGCGCACAAUGAUAGCUGAACAGAAGAACUUAUAUGCAGAACAGUUCAUAGCUUCUCAUCCCAAUUUAGCAGCAUGUUCCAGGGUUCACAGUUGGCAGAAUACUACAUGCGAUGAGGUAAAAACGCUUAUUGGAAUGCUUGUACUCCAAGGAAUUCUUCACAAACCAGACCACAAAAUGUACUUUUCAAAGAGGGAAUCAGUUGACACACCUUUCUUCAAGAAAGUGAUUAGUGAAAAGCAGUUUCAUCUUCUAUCGAAAUUCCUCCACUUUGCUGACAAUACCUCAUAUGAUCCACUAGGCACUAUCAGCAGAAAACUAUUCAAAAUUUACCGCAUUACAGAGCAUCUGUGGCGUAAAUUCAGAUCAAUGUACAUGCCAGAUAGGAACAUCACCGUUGACAAAUCGUUGUUGCUCUGGAAAGGACGGCUUGGAUGGAAGCAAUAUAUUUCAUCAAGCGUAGCAGAUUUGACAUCAAAUUAUACAAACUCUGUGAAAGCAGUUCAGGAGCUUGCACACGAUCUACCUGGGAAAGGCCACUGUAUUUAUCUUGACAAUUGGUACACCAGGCUUGAUACAAAGUUCAAGAUCUUGUUGUUGAUCCACUGUCCAGUGAUCCCUCCAAUCCACAAACUGCAUAUACCUAGGAACGAGUGUGAAGAUAAUGGUAAUGAAGUCAUCAAGAUAAAGAUCUUAUCUUGA